AUGAACAACUGUCCCCCAAAGUCCAUGCCCCAGGCUGAAUUUCCCAUUGCUGCUUGUAUGGAGAUGGGGCAGUCUUAUGACACUUCUGACUCAGAAAUGUCAGCCCUGGGAACUGGCGGCCUGAACAAAGAAAGUGCAGAAGAUGUUAAAAAGUCAGAAGAAGGGGAAGAGAAACAGAAGACAGAAGAUUCUAUGUGGUCAGGUGUGGAGACAUGUCAAAAGGUAGACACUGGAACUAUUGAUGUCAAGACACUAGAAGGUACAGAAUUUGAAGAAAAAGUGUGUGAAAGUACAGGAAACAAGGUGACAAACGGCGUCUGGAACAAUUCUUCCAUCCGCUGCAAAUCUGGGGACUUCGCGGGCCGAAGUCCUCCAUACUCCAGAAAGAAGCCAUUGGGAGGCAACAAAAAUGGAAUUAGCUGGGGAAGGGACCACCCACAACUUGAAAGCCAUGUCUCAGGAAUGGCAUGUGUCGCUUUGCUACACCGCACUGCGCGGAAAGCUGAGGAAGGCAGCCUUGUGGGCGCCCAGGAGAGGGAGGGGUCAGAGUUGACCAAGCGAUGGCAGACUGCUAUCCUACCUGGAACCGAAGCUGAUGGGACUGUGGGAGCGCUGGUGUCGGCCGCGGAGGGGGCCCCGGCAGAGGAAGCAGAGACAGAGGAGGCGGCUCCUCCUCCUGGGGAAAGAGCAAGUUUAGAGGAGGCCGGGGUUGAUCCUGAAACCACAGAGGUCGUAGGCAGUGACAGACCUCAACCAGAAGACACAGAAGCGGCAGCACCGCAGGUCAUCCCCUCUGUCGUCAUAGAGCCUGCUUCCAACAAUGAAGGAGAGGGAGAACAUGAAAUAAUUACAGGUGCAGAGUCCAAGGAGGCGACUGAAGGCUCGGCUCUUCCAGGCCCCACCAGGGAGACGCUGGAACAGGCCUCCGAGCAGAAGGCCGCUGAGGACUUCCAACCAGCAGCCUCCGCGCCGUCUGCAAGCGAGGCCUCUUAGGAACUGCCUCCUGGCUUCCUUUACAAGGUGGAAGCACUGCAUGACUUCGAGGCAGCAAAUUCUGAUGAACUUACCUUACAGAGGGGCGACGUGGUGUUGGUGGUCCCCUCGGAUUCGGAGGCUGACCAGGAUGCGGGCUGGCUGGCAGGAGUGAAGGAAUCAGACUGGCUCCAGUAUAGAGACCUCGCCACCUACAAAGGCCUCUUUCCAGAGAACUUCUUCCAGUGCCUGGUUUAG